CAGGUGACAGGGAGGGACUGUAAGGGUGCACCUUGAGCAGCACUAUAUAAAGCAGAGAAAAGAGCAGUUAGACAUUAGCAGGGUGAGAGAGAGAGAGAGGGAGAGAAAGAGAGAGAGAGAGAGAGAGAGAGAGAGAGAGAGAGAGAGAGAGAGAGAGAGAGAGAGAGGUGGAAGCUCAGUGUUGAACAGUGCGAGCUGGGGUUGUUUUCGCUGUUAUUUAAGUGUUCCUGCUUCUCUCUGCUCCUCGCUCGCUGUUAGCCUUUAGCGGUUAGCCGCGUCGUUCUCGCUGACUCCAGUCUGACUGAGGAGGAUGAGGAACAGCGACGUUUUCCUCAUCGACCUGAUGCUCUUAUGCAUCGCCACUGAAACAAGUGCGUGGACUCCGCGGAACGCCACUGACUCGCUCUCAGGAGCGAACGGGACUGUCAGCAGCAGCAGCGCGGAGGAGCACCUGGACGCAUCUCUGCCCAGAUCCAGGAGAAAGCGCUACAUCUCCCAGAGCGACAUGAUCGCCAUCCUGGAUUAUCAUAACAAAGUUCGAGCCAGCGUGUUCCCACCUGCAGCCAACAUGGAGUACAUGGUGUGGGACGAGGGAUUGGCUCGGUCAGCGGAGGCCUGGGCAGCCACCUGUAUCUGGGACCAUGGACCACCAUACCUGCUCCGGUACCUGGGCCAAAACCUCUCCGUCCGCACCGGCAACUAUCGCUCUAUCCUCCAGCUGGUUAAGCCCUGGUACGAUGAAGUGAAGGACUACGUGUUUCCAUAUCCACGAGACUGUAACCCCAGGUGCCCUAUGCGCUGUUAUGGACCCAUGUGUACACAUUAUACACAAAUGGUCUGGGCGACAUCAAACCGAGUCGGCUGCGCAAUUCAGACGUGUUACAACAUGGUGGUGUGGGGAGCAGUGUGGAGACAGGCGACUUACCUGGUUUGCAAUUACUCUCCAAAGGGUAACUGGAUAGGAGAAGCUCCAUACAGAGUGGGCGUCCCAUGCUCAGCAUGUCCCCCCGAGCUACGGAGGCUCAUGUAGCAACAACAUGUGCUUCCCUGCCGUGAAUUCAAACUUCAUGUACUGGUUUAAGUAAGCUGUCCAUUUUAAAUGUCAUCGGUAAAGAAGUUUUAUAAAACAACAUUUUUGUGUGUCAUUUUCUAUGAAUAAUACGAAAAAAAUCCAGAAAUUGUGCUAAUGUUAACAAUUUUUAUGACUCUUUUUUUAGUAUGGACCAUCAUAUUGAUGCUUUUGAUAACUUUUUAAAUGCUUUUGAGUUUUCUACUGGUACACAGUUAAAGGGAAAUUCCACCCAUUUUUCAAAAAUUCUGCACAAUUCAAUUCAUGUAAACAAAACAAAAUGGUUCAUUGUAGAAUUGCUCACUCUGACUUUUACAGUGGUGGUGAUAGGAACCAGGGGUCACAAUGUCCGCAAUACGAACCAUUUUUACUCACUAUCCAAAAUGACCAGUGAACCUACCUGUGAUAGGAGUUUUAUUUGUAAUAUUGUUAUACGAGUAAAAUAAACGUUUUAGGGACUAUUUUGCCUUUUUACAACCUGCUUAAACCUCUCCACUAUUGAUGGACCUUAAAAAUGAGUGUGCAUUUUACAUUUUAGGUUUCUCUAGAAUGAAGCAUUUCACAUGAAAACACUCUGAAUGAAGAGCAAAUUAUGCAGAAAUGAUAAAAAAGGUGGAAUUCCCCUUUAAAGCCUGUGAUAAAUCUAUUUUUCCAUACUUAGUGUGUAUUCCUGUGUUGCUGAUGCUUAUUUUGACUAGUUGUUACAAUGAUUUACUGUCAGGACUUUUCCAUGGUGCUUAACCAUAACUGUCUUUGUAUUUUGGUCAACGACAAACCUUUAUAGUCUUUAUAGAUAACAGGUUACUGUUCCAUGGUCAUAUAGCAGCUACAGUCUGUUAACAGUGUUUAAAGUGGCCUGUGUGUGUGUGUGUGUGUGUGUGUGUGUAUGUGUGUGUGUGUGUGUGUGUGUGUGUUGAUCAGCUAAAUUCCAUGCCAACUCACCUGGGGCCUAACAGUUCACAUGGAGUUCUAUGGAGAGUUUCAAGCAAAAGCUUCAAUAUUAUUCAUGCAACCCUGCAGAGCUUUUAAUUUUGAAUUGUUAAAGUUUGCUUUAUCAGGUUCUAAAUAACAUAUUAAAUACUGAGUUAAAGUGCUUGCAGAAUGACUGAACUGAGCUGAGAGAUUAACUGGGUAUAAGUACAAAACCAAAAUAAUAUUUCAUUUUGAAUGAAGUUUUAUGUUAAUCAUGUCAAUGUUUAUGUAUACUGAAAUUUUAAAAUUUGGAUUUUAUUUCUACUAUGUAAAGCUCAGCAAAUGCAUAGAAAUUAUGCCAUAUUAAAUGCAUAUUAAAUAAGUUGUGUUAACUUUGCCACAAUUAACAGUCUAAGGCCAAAAAAAAUGUAUAUAUUGUAUUUACUAUUACCAAGCAUGGUUCAGUACCGAAAACCAGUCAGGUAUUACAUUGAAAAAGGAAAUAUUUAUAUAAUACAUUGCUGUUGCGGUGGCCAUAGUGGUCCCCCGUGCUGAGCUCCUUCGCCCUGGCAUCAUCUGAUCUAGGUUUAGGUUAAGCUUAAAGUUACCUGCUUCUCAGUUUAUGCUUAUUUAACCCUUCAUUAUUUAAGGCUUAAUUUCACCGAGUGAUAUAAGCAAACUUCACCUGCAGUAACAGCAACUAUUGCCACCCCUUGUAGCAGUUUGUACCUGAGUUUUUUCAUGGAAAUCGAUGACACAACCUGUCAGGCCUUCGGUGAAUUGGUGUGGAAUAACCAGUAUGCAGAUGUUUGGGGUUUUUUUGCUACCAGUACCUCUCACCAGUCAUUUAAGCACAGACAUGGAAAUCCAUGCUGAGACAAUGUUAUAACUGGGGAUGCAUCGAUACUGAUAUCAGCCUGAUACUGUCUUCAGGCACUCGUACUUGUACUUGCCAAAAAUGUACAUCCAGUGUCACCGAUACCGUGUGGCGUAAGCCGAGUGUACACUACACUACCGCGCUAAUGUAAAAAUGACUCAAGCUGGCAGUGAACAGGGGUCCGCUCACACAGUGAGGUACUGCUGAUGCCAUUGGUCACUUUAAACUUACCACCUUGGAACAUUUAAAUUCCUAUCAGACAUAGACUGUCCAUUUUUUAAGAGGGACACAAACACACUCCCAACCACUUCCCCAACACGGGUAGAGAUAAGUAGGCAAGGCAAAAAAGUCUAUUUUGACUUUACUCUCGUUGACUGAAUAGAAUUGAGAAGCAUAAACAUUAAUAUGUUAAGCAUAAACGUUAAUAUUGUCCUUGUAACAGAGGCUGUAGGGUGACCGGAUUGUCCUACCCAUGUACACUUCCUGUUGAAAAACCCAACAUAGACUAGCAUGGAAUUCUGGUCUAAGCUAGUUUAUGCUGGUCUAGUGCUCAUCUGGUGCUGGUUUAGCAAGUCACCCAGCAAGGUCAUGCUGGUUGACCAGCAUACCAGCAUCCAUAACACAACAUGUGUUGGUUUUGCUGGUGAUCAGCAUGUCAGCUUCCAUUGCUGCUGGCCAAACUACCAUCAUUCAGAAUGCUACGUAUGCUAUGUUUUACAGGUGACCAGCCAUGCUGGUCUUGACUGGUUUUUCUUGCAGGGUCACCGCCUGGUUUAGUUUAAGUGCACAGUGGUACAAGUUAGCAAAGCUGCAGUAGCUCAGCUUGUCAGCAUUUCAGCUCAGCACUUGGACAGUUUGUUAUUUUGAAUGAAGCAGCUUUACUGAUAAUUGUAUUGAUAGAAGAGCUGUCUGUAGGGGCUCUGUUUCACGUAGAUGUUGUAUGUUUCACAUACGUAUAGGCUUUGUCUGAACACGAUGGUCUAUUCAAACACCAAAGAACAAGCUGCCAUUUUGCGGCAACGCUGCUUGCUUAUGUCCGGUCUGUUUUCGAACAUGCGCAGAGCAGAGAAAUCCGAAAGAAAUCAGAGUAAGGUUUCAUAUUGCACUGAGAAAUC